AUGCUGGUGCCCGUGCGGCUGCUGCUGCUGCUGCUGCUGCUGCUCGGGGGCCCCAGGACAGGCCUCCCCCACAGACCCCACAAAGCCGAGCCCGUCCUCGUCCUCAGCAGCCUCAACAGCGCCCUGUCUGAGGCCACGAAGAGUCACCUGGAGGGCACAGACCGGCUGGCCAAGAGGAGCUCCCACUACCUGCCCCUCCAGGACCCCCCCUCAGGCGAGGAGGAGGCAAACAAGGAGAAAAGGACUUUCUCUGUGUCUGGGGGCGGGGGCAGCGCCGGGAGCCCCCGGCACAAAUCCCUGUCUCAGGCACAGCGGAGAGGGAGGCUACGCCCAGACAAGGCCAAGGGUGAGCAACGCACCAAGUUCACGCUGUCUCUCGACGUCCCUACCAACAUCAUGAACAUCCUCUUCAACAUUGCCAAGGCCAAGAACCUGCGGGCCAAGGCGGCUGCCAACGCCCACCUGAUGGCACAGAUUGGGCGAAAGAAGUAGAGGAGGAGGCCGGGUCACAGGGACAGGUGUCGGGGGGUCACGGGGACAGGUGUCGGGGAGGGUCACGGGGACAGGUGUCGGGGGGCGAGGUGCACCGUCAGCUGGCAAGCAUUUGUGGGA